AGUCGCUUCGAGAAACGGAGAAACCCGGAGCCGGCUCUCAGCCCCGGCGGAGACCGCGCCUGGGGUCUCCAGGGGGGAGGGUUGAGGCCGGUGUUCGGCCGGCUGCCGCCGCCUCCCAGGGCUGCAGAGCUGGGCCUUCCCUGGCGCCGCGGACCCCAGUGCAGGAUAGGAUGCUGGGACACCAGAACAGAUGAAGCCUUCAGCAGUUCAUUGCAUCCUGCACUAGAGAAGUCCAGUAAUGACGUGUUCCUGGGCUAUAUUUCUCCACCCUGGAAUUCAUGCGGCUCAUUUGAGAAACACUGACCUUCUGCUUACUGUGACACACAUCCUCAGUGAAGGACUGAUGGACAGACCAUUUCUGGUGACUUUGUGGGGGUUUUUUUCAUGUGGAAGUUGGAAGACAAAGUGAAAGAGGCCAAAAGUUACCUACUUUGGUGAAUAACUUAGUUCUCAGAACAUGGGCCUUCGCUUAAAGCUACAGCUGUGAUCCUUGGCUGUCUGUUGGCAUUGAAGGGACCUGAUGUUUUACGUUAUUGGUGGAAUCACAGUGUCUGUGGUUGCAUUCUUCUUCACAAUUAAGUUUCUCUUUGAGCUUGCGGCACGUGUAGUCAGCUUCCUUCAGAAUGAGGACCGUGAGCGCCGAGGGGACCGGACUAUUUAUGACUACAUGCGGGGAAAUUACCUGGAUCCCCGGUCCUGCAAAGUCUCCUGGGAUUGGAAGGACCCCUAUGAGGUGGGCCACAGCAUGGCCUUCCGAGUGCAUUUAUUCUAUAAGAAUGGGCAGCCUUUCCCUGCACAUCGGCCUGUGGGACUGAGAGUUCACAUCUCCCACGUUGAACUCGCAGUGGAAAUUCCAGUGACCCAGGAAGUCCUUCAGGAGCCCAGUUCUAACGUGGUAAAGGUGGCCUUCACUGUGCGCAGGGCUGGGCGCUACGAAAUUACAGUGAAGCUUGGUGGGUUAAAUGUGGCCUAUAGUCCCUACUACAAAAUUUUUCAGCCUGGAAUGGUGGUUCCUUCCAAGACCAAAAUUGUGUGUCAUUUUUCGACUCUUGUGUUGACGUGUGGGCAGCCACACACCCUUCAAAUAGUGCCCCGAGAUGAGUAUGACAACCCUACCAACAAUUCCACAUCCCUGAGAGAGGAGCACAAUUACUGUUUGUCCAUUCAUGAGCUAGGCCCUCAGGAGGAAGAGAGUACUGGAGUUGUAUUUGAGAAAUCAGUGACAUCCAACAGGCAGACCUGCCAGGUGUUCUUGCGACUCACCCUGCAUUCUCGGGGUUGCUUCCAUGCCUGCAUUUCAUACCAAAAUCAGCCAAUCAGUAAUGGAGAAUUUGACAUUAUCGUCCUAAGUGAGAACGAGAGAAAUAUCGUUGAACGCAAUGUGUCCACCUCAGGAGUAAGUAUUUACUUCGAGGCUUAUCUGUAUAACGCUACCAACUGUACCAGCACACCAUGGCACCUUCCACCCAUGCAUAUGAGCUCUUCACAGCGCCGACCCUCCACUGCUGUGGAGGAGGAAGAUGAAGACUCGCCCUCAGAGUGCCACACCCCUGAGAAAGUGAAGAAACCAAAGAAGGUGUACUGCUACGUGUCACCAAAGCAAUUCUCAGUGAAGGAGUUCUACUUGAAAAUCAUUCCCUGGCGCCUUUACACUUUCCGAGUAUGCCCAGGAACAAAAUUUUCAUACCUUGGCCCCGACCCCGUUCAUAAACUGCUCACUCUGGUGGUAGAUGACGGCAUCCAGCCUCCUGUGGAGCUCAGCUGCAAGGAGAGGAACAUUCUCGCCGCCACUUUCAUCCGCUCCCUGCAUAAGAACCUUGGGGGUUCCGAGACCUUUCAGGACAAGGUGAACUUCUUCCAGAGAGAGCUUCGUCAGGUACAUAUGAAAAGGCCACAUUCCAAAGUCACCCUGAAGGUCAGCAGACAUGCCUUGUUGGAAUCGUCUCUGAAGGCCACUCGAAAUUUCUCUAUCUCAGAUUGGAGCAAGAACUUUGAAGUGGUUUUUCAGGAUGAGGAAGCUCUGGACUGGGGAGGGCCUCGCCGGGAGUGGUUUGAGCUGAUCUGCAAAGCACUGUUUGAUACCACCAACCCGCUCUUCACUCGAUUCAGUGACAACAACCAGGCAUUAGUGCAUCCCAACCCUAACCGCCCAGCUCACCUGCGCCUGAAGAUGUAUGAGUUUGCAGGGCGGCUGGUGGGCAAGUGUCUGUAUGAGUCCUCCCUAGGAGGGGCCUACAAGCAGUUGGUCCGAGCUCGUUUCACCCGUUCUUUCCUGGCCCAGAUCAUAGGACUGCGAAUGCAUUACAAGUACUUUGAAACAGAUGACCCUGAAUUCUACAAAUCUAAAGUUUGUUUUAUCCUCAACAAUGACAUGAGUGAGAUGGAGCUGGUCUUUGCAGAAGAGAAAUAUAAUAAAUCCGGUCAACUGGAUAAGGUUGUAGAACUCAUGACAGGUGGAGCUCAAACCCCAGUCACGAAUGCAAAUAAAAUCUUCUAUUUAAACUUGUUGGCCCAGUACCGGCUGGCCAGUCAAGUGAAAGAGGAGGUGGAGCAUUUCCUAAAAGGCUUGAAUGAGUUGGUCCCUGAGAACCUUUUGGCUAUUUUUGAUGAGAAUGAGCUUGAGUUGCUGAUGUGUGGAACGGGAGACAUCAGCGUGUCUGACUUCAAAGCCCAUGCAGUGGUUGUUGGUGGUUCAUGGCAUUUCAGAGAAAAAGUUAUGAGGUGGUUCUGGACUGUGGUUUCCAGUCUAACCCAGGAGGAGUUGGCUCGGCUGCUUCAGUUCACAACAGGUUCUUCUCAACUACCGCCUGGAGGCUUUGCUGCCCUCUGCCCCUCAUUUCAGAUUAUUGCGGCUCCAACCCAUAGCACGCUGCCUACUGCACACACGUGUUUUAACCAGCUGUGCCUCCCAACAUAUGACUCAUAUGAAGAAGUGCACAGGAUGCUGCAGCUGGCCAUCAGUGAGGGUUGUGAGGGCUUUGGCAUGCUCUGAGCGCUCUCCUGUUGCCAGCCCGUGUUCUCUGAAGCAUCUGGGCUUGUGUUACAGACAUAAACGGACCUUAACAUGCACAACCGUCAGCCAAAAGGUGCCGCAUGCUUUCCUCUCUCUGGAUUCUUUUGUCACCUACAAGCCUUGUCCUCGUGUCACCCCUCCCUGCCCACAUGCAGCACAGGCCACUUUGGCAUGUAUCUAAACUGAGCUCUCUCAUUGGUCAUGAGAAGACCAUACUGCUAUCAUAUGAUUUGGUUCUUUGAAGAUUUCAGAAGCUGAGUCUGCCUCAGUGGCUGAAGAUAACAUACAUGGCUCAGCCCUGUUGGGAAGCACAUGUGCAGAGAGCCUCCAGUCAUGCCUGGCUUCAGCUCCCUGUGCUGAUGCUCCUGGAAGGUACCAUCUUGGCCCCACGGUUUGAGCAGAUGGGUAUAUGAGUCCCUCUCCUGGGCAGGUGAUUGCUUCUUCCCGUCAACAGCCAGGACAAGCAUGGAGAGAAAGUAGUCCACACGAGCAGUCUUUGAUUUUGUCCUCCCACACAAUGCAGGCACAGACUGUGGCACUGUAUUACCUCUCAUGAGGACUGAUGGCACAAAAGAAUUCUUUCUUUUUUUUUUUUUUUUUGUGGUGUCAGAACUGGAAAAAACAUUUUUCCUGCGGGCAGUUCUGGAAAUGGUCAUUAAUCCAUAAUGAACUUUCUGAGCUUUUUGUUAAAUUUGAGCCCAUGUUUUCGGUCAGACUGAAACAGUCUGAAGAUGUGAAGGACAGCUAGGGCUGUAGCCUGCAAUGCUGGAUAUGAUCCUUCUUUAGAGUGAGGAGUUUGUCCAAGCUCAUGGCUGGCUUGAAGACUGCUAAUGCUUUCCCUGAGUUUAUUCGUUGUACUGAGGUGCGUCUUGACCUGCCCACUGGCCUCUAAGUUACAGUCUGUUAAGAUCUGGGGAGUCUUCAGUAUUCUGCCUAAGAAAGUUUGGUAGCAGAGGAUUGGGACAGUAAGAAUAACAUGGUAGCAGUUCCUUAUCCCUUUGCUUGGUGUUCUCUGGUAGCACUGAGGCAAGGCAAAAGUGCUCACAGGUCCCUGCUCAGGCCCUCUGGGGACGGAAUGGAGGAGAUGCGUUAGACAGUAGAUGCCUGCUCAUCCCAGGUGUUUCCUUUUAACUCCCAUCAGUUACCAGGGAGGGGAGUCAUAGCGGGAGGAAGCCACUGUCGGUUACCUUCACUGUUGAGUGCUGAUUGAAGAGAAGCCACCACUGUCUCUUAGAAGAUAACAUCUUUUUUCAUUAUCGUCUGAAUGAAAACAAUUCUAAGGCUCAACAUCACAUUGACUUGCCAGGUUUCUGUUUUUAAGACAGCUCUGCUGCAAGCUACCAAUCGCGAUGGGACAUUCAGCUCUGAGACUAUUAUAAGCCAUCUUUAUUGCCAAAACCAGCAAGUACACAGAGUCCUGAGACAAGGCGGGACUUAUGGCAAUGCCGUGGUCUCCUGGAAGCGUGUCUGAGCCCUCCUGUUCCAGGGAUUAUGAGGAACAAGCCCUCCUGAGCUGCUACAGUUCCUGCCUGACCUCACUUCUUUGCAGUUAUCAUUUGUCUUUUCUUGGCAUGGGUGCUGACCUCACUCAUCUUUGAGGUCUGGAUCUGGCAUCAGGGCCUCUACACCCCAGGAUCCUCCAUGCCACAAGGUCACUGCUCUCCUCAGGGACCAGGACAAGGUGCUGCUACUUGUCCACAUUUUCCCCCGUGGAAUAUAGAUGGGAAAGUGUGGUCAUCACCCUGUCACCCCUCAGACCUGGAUAGGGGUUUCCAGCUGGGGCAUGUCGGCUGGUUCUGCUAGUUUUGGCAGUUGGUCCUCUUGGAUUCUGUGUUCCAUCUUCCCCCCAAACAGCCCCACAAAGACUGAUGCUCAAGAUCAAGUUGAUUUUCUUGGCUAGAUCUGUCAUUUUAAGCUCUAGUCAUAGCACUUUUUCAGUGUGUCCUUAGCACCAUUGCACCCUAGCUGGGGCAGCUGCAUCCCUAGAGUGGUCUGUAGGUACCAGAGACUAUUUAACAAAACACUUCGAUAAGCUGGGCGUGGUGACACAUGCUGGUAAUCCCUGCAGUCUGAGAGCUCAGGCAGGAGGAUCACAGAUUUGAGCCCAGCUAGGGCAACCUACCAACUGAGUGAGCCCCUGUCUCAAGAUAAAAAAAUAAUACAAAAAGGUCCGGGGAUAUAGCUCAGUGUGAAGGCCCUGGGUUCAAUCCCUAGCACUACAAAAAAAAAAAAAAAAAAGACAGCAAAAUGCUUUGGUACUGUUGUGGUUUUCUAUUCCAGUUUACUCCUUCUUCCCCAACUCUGUUUAGAAGUGUCUUUGCUCUUUUUGGCCUGCUGUUUUACUUUUUUUUUAAACCCCUAAUCCUGCUUUGGUACUAGCCAGCGUGGGGGAGGUACGGGUUGGUGAGAGGAAGAAUGUGCUAUCUGGGGGGCAUUUUCCUUUUCAUGUUUCUUAUUUUGGUCAGUUGUUUUAUUUAUGUCCUUGUGGCCUAGAUACAUGAGAAGCCAACUACCUUGCAGGCCUUUUCAUGUCUUUGAGGGAGACCGGGCCUCACGUGGACACCAAGGAGAACGAUUGCAUGGUUCCAGAGAUUUGGCAGAGACCAAGCCCUAUUGCACGUGGUAGGCCAGGUGAAAGGGCCCGGCCUUUAGGCUGGUACUGUAAAUAUUUUGUACAAUAAAUAAAUGAUUGUCUAAAGGAAGAA